AUGGAUAUCAAGCAUCGCACUCAUUUUCUCCAUUUGAGAAACUUCACAUAUUUUUCCUUCUUCUCUGAGCUGCGCCACUCCGAUCAUGUUGCCACCACUAUUGUCGAGACAUUGGUUAUCUCCACUAUCUUUAUGAUCUCAGUGGCAGCCAAUGCAGGAGCAGCAGCCCUGGUUACCUGGGAACGCAGACUGCUGGCCAGCAAGACCAUCCUGACCCUCAACUUGUUUGUGGCCGACCUGCUUUUUGUCAGCAUGAUCCCACUGAUUGUGGCAGUACGGUGGACUGUAUCCUGGACACUAGGGUAUGCAGCCUGUCACACUGUACUGUAUGUCGUCUGUAUGAGUGGCUGUGUUACCAUCACUACACUGGCCUCCAUCAGUGUGGAGAGAGUCCAGGCUAUCCUUCAGCUGCAGACUGUCCCCACUCUGAACCCCAGGAUGGUGACGGCCACCCUCACCUUCAUCUGGGCCUUUUCUGCACUCACUUGCAUUCCUCUCAGUCUGUUCUUCACAGUGAUGGAAGUGGAUUUCACUGAGAAGGAACGUGUACACAUCUGUACCCUCAAGUGGCCUGACACAACUGGAGAGAUUGUGUGGAAUGUAGCCUUUACGGCUCUGUGCUUCCUUCUGCCAGGACUCACCAUUGUGGCCAGUUACAGCAAAAUAUUACAGAUUGCUAAAAGCUGUAAACGAAGGCUUCAACACAGAGACAGUAACUCCCCUGUUGGAGACUCAAUUGAGUACCAAGUCUCCCGCCAGGAUAUUAGGCUGUUCCGCACUCUGCUGGUCCUUGUGCUCUCUUUCUUAAUAAUGUGGAGUCCUAUUUUCAUCAUCACCUUCUUCAUAUUGGCAAGAAACUUCCUGGGCCACCUGCAGGUCUCCUCUACAACGUUCUUCUGGGUCGUAACAUUCACACUGGCCAACUCAGCCCUCAAUCCCAUCCUCUACUCUGUUUGCCAGUUCAAAAACAGCUGGCGCAGGCUCUGCUGUGGCUCAGUUGUCACUCCGCUGAGAAAAGGGCCUCAAGCCAGCCCUCGGGCACAAGGGGUGCAUCCAUGA